CUCCAUUCCUUUCCAGCUGAUAUCGACGACGUUUAAUUCUGUGACAGCGCUCUUUGGGCGAAAUGGCAGUGUAAAGGCGUGCAGCGGCGGGCCAGCAGCAACCUCCUCAGUGCAUCAACCCAGUGCACUGAUUAACUUUAUAUUUGUCAAAAUGACGUCUUUUGUGGCAACAAACAGCUCUGCUGUAGUCGACAGCAUUAAAGAACCUCUCGACGCUCUCCGCACGCAGUUGACAGACCCAGCCAUUCACCAUGACUCUGACCAACAACUCACCGUUUGGCCCGGAAGACAUGGAUGCCCUGCUCUUGGGCCCUUCCUGUCUCACGGCUGACCCCACGGGGGCCCUCCUCCACCUGGAUGAAGAAGAAUCCUUCACCGAGGGGGGGACGUCGCCCCUCUCAUCAUCUUUCUCUUAUUCUUCACCCCCCCUCCACUCCCCGCCUUCCUCCCCGCCCUCCCUGCUUCUCCAGGGCGACAAGGUGGAGGAGCACAUGUUGACCCUCCCGUGGCUGUCUGUGGACGAGCUGGGACCUUCCCAUUCGGGCGCAAACGACGGCAAAGAGGAUUCCUUCUACGGCCUGGACUGGAUGGCCGAGAGAAUGGACCUGACAGAGUUUGACUUGGACUCCCUCGUGGGUUCUUGCAGCCCUGAGGAGCCCCCCAGCUCCCCUGACGACCUCCUCGCCUCCCUGGAGUGUUCCGUAGACUCCCUCCCCCUCUCCUCGCUCCCCACCCUGCCAACCCUCUGCAGCCUUCCCAUCCUCCCCGCCACAGAACCCUUUCUACCCACUCCUGCAUCCCAGGGUGCCCCACAGGAAGUCCUCUCCCCUCCUCCCUGCGUCCCUGAGGUCCAGGACGAGUGUGAGAUCAAAUCUGAGCCGUUGUCCCCAGGUCCCUCCCCCAUGUCCCCUCCCCUCCCUCCUCUCUCCCCCACGUUCACCCUGGACCUGGGCAGUGAGGUGGACGUGUCCGACUGUGACAGCAAGCCGCCGCCGCCUCACCAGGUGCCACAGAUCCCCAGGGUCGUCCUCUCCCUCUCCCCUCCCCGCAUCGUACUUGUCCUGGCCUCUACAGAGGAAGUCUCCACCACCUCCAUAACCACCACCACCACAGCAACUUUGCCACAGCUCCUGUCUGACUGCAGCAGGGUCAGCUCUGUCUCCAACCCUCGUCUGGUCUCUGCCACCACCACGGCCUCUAGGAGCAGGCCCUACCCCAGGCCCUGCUCCAGCACCCCCUCCUCCUCCUCCUCCUGCUCCUCUGGGAAUGUGAAAGGGAGGUCACGAGCUGGAGGACCCCCGAAGGAGAAGAAGCUGAAGAAGAUGGAGCAGAACAAGACAGCAGCCACACGCUACCGCCAGAAGAAGAGAGGACAGCAUGAGGCGCUGAGCGCCGAGUACAGCCAACUGGAGAGGAGAAACCAGGAGCUGGAGGAGACUGCCGGCUCCCUCGCCAGGGAGAUAGAAUACCUGAAGGAGCUGAUGGAGGAGGUGCGACUGGCCAAGCUCCUCAAGGGCUCAGGUGCCGGCGACCUCUGACCUCUGACAGAUAGUGCUUGACAGAAGAUGUUGGAAGUUGACAGGAAGAUGUUUUAUGAAUCCACAUAUGUUCUUAGAAGGUGUAGAUCGGACCUGAAUGCUUUUAGAUGCAUUAAUGCCCCCAAAUGCACUUACUGUUCACCAAUUCACCUAAUUCUUCCCGCAAUUUGUCUUGUAGCUCAAGAUUAACAUAUCUGUAUCUAUCUAUGGAUAUAAUUAUCCAGUUUCAAAUAUCCUGUAUGAAAACCUUCAAGUAUUUUCUUCACAGUAUAAACUCUGUAUUGUUGUGUAGUCACUUAUUUACAAAAAAAACUAUUACAGUUAAUAGACAGACUUUUAAACCAUAUGUGAGUUUAUUAAUCAUAUUAACUAUUUGAAAGUAUUCAUUGUAAUCUCUAAUAAAAAAAUUAUUAGAACUAU